AAGGAGCGUCCAGUGACCAAGCCAUGACUGGCAGCCACACAGUCAUAUAGCAGUUUUGGUUUUAGCAUCUGGAUUUUCUGCUUGUUGGAUCAAUAUAUUUGUUGUUAUUCUUGGUUUUGUAGCCUGCUGGGGAUAGAGCAGACAGGACCUCUGUCACUGCAUCCUGGAACAUGGAACAAGUCCAGAAGGUGCAGAAGAAGACAAGCACCAUGUCUCUGACCAUCUCCUCCUCCUCUGCUGCUGCAUCCUCCACUCGUGAGCUCUCCUCCUGCUCCUCCACCGUCUCCUCCUCCUCCUCCACUCUCCUCAGUCAGAGACACUCCAGCCUGGUGCAGCCGCUGUGUGUCAGCCCUCAAAGGACUCAGAGUCCCAUCUACAACCAGCAGCAUUCAGGCAGCGGAGUGGCUCCCACAUUUGUUAAGUGUCUCCACGACAUGUCUACGGUGAAGGGUCAGCUGGUGGUCCUGGAGUGCAGACUGAGGGGGACUCCGCCCCUGCAGGUUAUGUGGUACAGAGAGGAUGAGCAAAUACUGGACUCCGAUGAUUUUAGGAUACUCCGCAAGAAGGCCAGUUCUGCAUCAGUGCCGGAGGAGCUGUGUACGCUGGUGAUCACUGAGGCCUUUCCUGAAGACUCGGGCCUGUUUAAGUGUGUGGUCCACAACACCUUCGGCACAGUCUCCUGCUCGGCCAUGCUGGAAGUUUAUGACGACCUGGACGAGCAGUUGGAGGCCGAGGCCAUUCAUCAGGAAGCUGUUUCUAUUAGACAAGAUAAAGAGGCCAUGUUCCAACAAGAGACUUUGUCCUCCAGAGCAAGCAGCGGAGACUUUCCUCCAGGGCUGUCAGACAGUAUGAACCUCCCUCCUCCUGAAUGGCCUGACAGUGCUCUAGAAGAUGACAUCCCUGUUGCAGAGAUUUUCUGGUAGAGAGCAGAACUUAUGGUUGCAUCAAUUACAGCAAGUCUGAAAAGCAGCAGAGCAGCCCCA